AUGUCCUCAUCCUCGCGUAAGAUCUCCUCGGAGUCCUUCAGCAGCUCAGUGGGCUCUGACUGCGGACUCGAGAGCCCCGGGGGAGAUGGGGGUCUGGAGCCCACGGAGGAGCUUCGAGGGUGCCCCUUUGCCUCCUUCCCCUCUGCCCAGAGAGCGAUGCUGUGGAACGGCCGCAGCCCCGUGGAGAGGUCCGUGUGUCCUGAGGAGCAGGCGGCGAGUGUGCCACACAAGAGACCGACCAGGAGGAGACGUGUCAACCUGGACUCGCUGGGGGAGAGCUUGAGACGGAUCACCUCACCCACGACACAGACUGUUCAGGAAGCUCUGCAGCGGACUCUUCACUUCUACAGGCAGCAGGAAAUCAGGUGUCAGGGGGCCGAGGAAAAAAGAAAAGAAAAAGAGGACAAGUGCCCGUUUCUAGAAAAUUCUGGUUCAGAGGAAGAUGUUCUCCAAAUCCUGCAGUACAUGGCCACCAUAAUGGGAGUGCCAUUCUGUGAGCUUCGGGAGCAUUUUGGAGAGGAGUUUUUUGGCCUAUGUUUUGAAGAAAAUGAGCGGGUGCUCCGUGCUUUGGGAGGAAACCUUCAAGACUUUUUCAAUGGUUUUGAUGCCAUUUUGGAACACAUUCGCACCUCCACAGGGCGCCGAGCCUCAUCUGAAAGCCCGUCCUUCCAGUGCAAGGACCCGCAUGAGGAGGAGAAAGGACAGAAAAAGCUGCUGAAGAUGUCAGAUGAAGAACGAGGGAGUAGAGCCAAAGUGCUUCUGCUUCAUUGUUUGAACCCGGCACCGGUGGUGGGCUUGGUGAUGCCAGGGCUCAUCAAAGCUGUGGCCAGACGCCUCUAUCGUUCUGAGGUGGAGGUGGAGGAGGUUCCUCCUCUGACGCCUCUUCCCUCAGAGGACUUGGAGCAGACAGAUGGAGACUCCAGGAGCCCCACUCCCACUGCUUCCCCCACAGUAUCACCCUCCUCGUCCCCUUCCCCACCCUCAGCCUUUCCCACCUCCAGUCCCACAGUCUGCCUGUCCUUCCAGAUCCAGGAGACACGCUCUUUGUCCCUCACCCCUGUACCGAUCACAGCCUGUGGGAGCUCCAAAAGACCACCUCUGUCUCUGUCCACUAACCCCAGCGACCUGCGUAUUGGCCUGGCCACGUUCUGCCGGGCCUUUCCGUUCCACCUGGUUCUGGGACCUGGCAUGGAGCUACUGCAGCUUGGAGAAGGACUUAGAAAACAGGCUCGCAUCGAGUCUUACAGAGUCCUUGCUUUCAGGGACUGUUUUGAGAUUGUUUCGCCCAAAAUAGAGCCUUCUUUCAAGGGAAUACUCCUAAGGCUAUCGUCCCCGUUUACCAUCCGCACCAGGCCUGACAGCACACAGACUGGAACUAAAGAGAAGGUGAUGGAGUUAAAAGGGCAGAUGAUCCACGUUCCGGAGUCGUGCUCGCUCAUGUUCCUGGGGUCUCCUCGUGUGGAUAAGCUGGAGGAGCUGAUGGGCCGUGGUCUGCAUCUGUCAGACAUCCCCAUCCACGACGCCACCAGAGAUGUGAUCCUGGUGGGGGAGCAGGCCAAAGCACAGGACGGCCUGAAGAAGAGGAUGGACAAGCUGAAGGCCACACUGGAGCGUACACACCAAGCUCUGGAGGAGGAGAAGAGGAGGACCGUGGAUCUGCUCUACUCCAUAUUUCCUGGUGACGUGGCGCAGAAGCUGUGGCAGGGUCAUCACGUACCUGCGCGCAAGUUCGAUGAUGUCACCAUGCUGUUCUCCGACAUCGUGGGCUUCACGGCCGUGUGCGCCCAGUGCACGCCUAUGCAGGUCAUCUCUAUGCUGAACGAGCUCUACACGCGCUUCGACUACCAGUGCGGAAUCCUGGACGUCUACAAGAUCGAGACCAUAGGAGACGCCUACUGCGUGGCCGGGGGGCUUCAUAAGAAGGUGGACAGUCAUGCCAAGCCCAUCGCUCAAAUGGCUCUGAAGAUGAUGGAGCUCUCAGAGGAAGUACUCACACCAGAUGGAAGGCCUAUCAAGCUGAGAAUCGGCAUCCACACAGGCUCAGUGCUGGCCGGAGUCGUCGGGGUCAAGAUGCCACGCUACUGUCUCUUUGGGAACAAUGUGACUUUGGCGAGCAAAUUUGAGUCUGGGAGCCAGCCGAGGUGCAUCAACGUUAGCCCUACAACAUACCAGUUGCUUAAAGAUGACCGCUCUUUUUCUUUUACUCCCCGUUCACAACUGGAGCUCCCAGACAAUUUCCCCAAGGAGAUUCCAGGGACGUGCUACUUCCUGGAGGCGGGGACAUCACACAGCCACGCCUCCUUAACCAGCUCGCGCUCCGCUCCCCCUACAGCCAUGAGGAAAGUCUCGUACAGCAUCGGGACCAUGUUUCUAAGAGAGACUAGUUUGUAA